UGCAGUGCAUUUCGUGAUAUAUUAGACGACAAUGAAUUCAAGUAGCAAAUGUUUCGUAAACCACUUCAAAACUAUUUUAUCAGGAUUUACAAAUCAUCUGACCUUUUUUUCACCUCUAUAAUCACUUCCCAUAAUUCAAGUUACUCAAAGAGUGACGGUAAACUUUACAACAUGGAAGCGCGCCCUUUUCUAACAUCAGACUCGGCUUAUAAAAAAUUACAAGAAUAUUAUAACAGUAAUGGUAACCAAAUUAACAUAAAUCAGUUGUUUUCUCAAGAUCCAGAAAGAUUUAAAAAGUUCAGUUUAACUAUACCUACCCCCAAUGAUGGAGACAUUCUUAUUGACUUCUCAAAAAAUCGCGUUGAUUCGUCAGUUUUGAGUUUACUUUUUGAUUUGGCAAAGUCUCGUAAAGUGGAGGAGGCUAGAAAUGCUAUGUUUACAGGCCAAAAAAUUAAUUUCACUGAAAAUAGAGCUGUCUUGCAUAUUGCACUUCGUAAUAGAAGUAAUUCACCAAUACUGGUAGAUGGACAAGAUGUUAUGCCUAAUGUUAAUGCUGUUUUAAAUCACAUGAAAGAAUUUACCAAUUCUGUUUUGAGUGGACAAUGGACAGGAUAUACUGGUAAGAAAAUAACAGAUGUGGUUAAUAUUGGAAUUGGAGGCUCUGAUUUGGGUCCAUUGAUGGUAACUGAGGCUUUGAAACCAUACAAUAAGGGUGUGAAUGUUCAUUUUGUUUCUAAUAUUGAUGGUACUCAUUUGGCUGAAGUAUUGAAAAGGAUAAACCCUGAAACUGUAAUUUUUAUUGUUGCUUCAAAAACAUUUACAACCCAAGAGACAAUAACAAAUGCCACCUCUGCAAAGAAAUGGUUUUUAGAACAGGCAAAGGAUCCUGCUGCUGUGGCAAAACAUUUUGUGGCUUUGAGUACAAACACAGCAAAAGUGAAGGAAUUUGGUAUAGAUACAGCUAACAUGUUUGAGUUCUGGGAUUGGGUUGGAGGUCGAUAUUCUCUUUGGUCUGCUAUUGGAUUGAGCAUUUCAUUGGCAAUAGGUUUUGAUAACUUUGAGAGGCUGCUUGAAGGAGCUCAUCACCUUGAUAAACAUUUUUGCACUGCUCCUUUAGAAAGAAAUGCACCUGUUAUACUUGCUCUUUUGGGAAUUUGGUAUAUUAAUUUUUAUGGGGCUGAGACACAGGCUUUACUACCAUAUGAUCAAUAUUUGCACAGAUUUGCUGCCUAUUUCCAACAAGGAGAUAUGGAGAGCAAUGGAAAAUAUGUUACAAGAAGUGGACAAUUGGUAAAUUAUGCAACUGGUCCAAUUGUUUGGGGAGAGCCAGGUACCAAUGGUCAACAUGCAUUUUAUCAAUUAAUUCAUCAAGGCACGAGGGUUAUUCCGUGUGAUUUUUUGGCACCCGCACAGACACACAAUCCCAUCAGUGGUGGAAUACACCAUCCUAUUUUAUUGUCAAAUUUUCUAGCGCAAACGGAAGCUUUAAUGACUGGAAAAAGCCUUGACAAGGCUAAAGCUGAACUUGAAAAACAGAAUUUGAAAGGAGAAGAACUUGAGCGAAUUUUACCUCAUAAAGUUUUCUUGGGGAACAGACCUACAAAUAGUAUUAUAGUCAAGAAAGUUACUCCAUUCACACUUGGUGUACUUAUAGCUCUAUAUGAACACAAAAUAUUCACCCAGGGAGUAAUUUGGGAUAUUAAUUCGUUUGAUCAAUGGGGUGUCGAACUUGGUAAGCAGUUGGCAAAGGCAAUUGAACCCGAAUUGGCCGAUAACAACCCUGUUACAUCGCAUGAUUCUUCCACAAACGGAUUAAUUAACUUCAUUAAAGCUAAUCGUUAAGAUGAUCGUAUUUGCUUAUUAUAUAUUGUAAAAUAGAUGAAAUACUUAAUAGAAUGGCCGUGUAUUUAAGUUUUCAUAAAGGUAUAUGCAAAAUAAAAAUAUGUAUUGUAUUAAAA